AUGCAUACCCCCUCCCCACACCGUCCUUCCUUGUUCCCUGUCAGCCCUGAGCGUGUGUCAGCCCCAGCCUUCAAGCUCUCGCAAGCUGCAGUGGAGGUGGGUUGUGUAAUGUUGUGGGUGCAGCCAUGUCAGCAGAGGGUCAACAUGCUCUCACAGCCAUCAUCUAUGGAGAAAAUGCCAGCCAUCCCCAUCAACUGCCAGCAGCGCCCUGGAUGGCCCAGGCAGGCUGCCCAGUGCCACGGAAGGCCCAGACAGUCCAGUAGCACCAUGGAAGGCCCAGGCAGGCCGCCCAGUGCCACGGAAGGCCCAGACAGGCCAGCAGCACUCUGGACAGCUGAGAGAAAGGAGCUACUCUUUGGAGAAACCAUGUUCCAUGACCAUAUGAGGCCACAAUAUUCCAACACCAUGGACAACAUUAUACGAUUCAAAAACCAGGACUUCAUCUCUUUGAGAAAUUGGUGUUUAAGGAAUGGCAGGCUUUUUGAAGAUGACAUGUUCCCAGCCAAUAACAGUGCCAUAGGGCAGAGACUCCUGAAAGAAAAAGAUAUUGAAAGCCCUGAGUGGAAGAGACCAAAGGAAUUAUUAGGGACUGAGUUCCCUCACUUUAUUCUGGAUGGCAUCAGCAAAUUUGAUAUUCGACAAGGAAAAGCAGGUGACUGCUGGUUUCUAGCAGCACUGGGCUCUUUAACCCACAAACCCAAACUUCUGGCAAAGAUCAUUCCCAUAAACCAAAGCUUCACAGCAGGAUAUGCAGGGAUUUUCCAUUUCCAGUUUUGGCAAUGUGGACAAUGGGUGGAUGUGGUGGUUGAUGACCGGCUCCCUGUGGAAUCAAUUAAUAGAAAAUACCUGUUUGUACAUCCUCGAAGAGGGAACAAUGAAUUUUGGCCCUGCUUGCUUGAGAAGGCUUAUGCCAAGCUUCAUGGCUCCUAUUCCCAAUUGCAUUAUGGCUACACGAUUGAUUCAUUGGUGGAAUUGACAGGAUGGGUGGUCACAAAAGUCAAUCUUAAAGAAGUCCAUCCCAAUCUGUUCAAGAAUUUGCAAGUUGCUGAACAAUCUGGCUCACUAAUAACAUGUGGGAUUGCAGAUGUAAAGAAAUUCGGACUAGUGAAUAAUCAUGCCUAUACAGUGACAGGAAGUGCAAAGAUUAGUUUGGAUACCUGCCAGGAAGAACUCAUUCGAUUGUGGAACCCUUGGGGUGAAAAAGAAUGGACAGGACGUUGGAGUGAUAACUCCCGAGAAUGGCAGAAGGUCCAAGAAUCAGAGAGGACCAGGCUUUAUAAGAACAAAGAAGAUGGGGAGUUUUGGAUGUCAUUUCUAGAUUUCCAGAAGACAUUUGCCAGCAUGCUUAUAUGCUUUCAAUACCCAAUGGUAAUGAAUGAUAGAAGCCUGAGAAAUGGAGUAUGGUCCCAAAUUCUAAACAAAGUCCAAAAGAUCCAAAGAAAUAUUAUGCAAGAUAGUAGCUCUGAUGCCCUUGGAAAUACGCUUCAGUAUUUUUUCUCUGUGAUGGAGCCCAUGGAAGGUAUCAAUGUGGUAGUCUCCAUCAACAUCCAGCCUAACCAGGACAGAAAGAAGAUGGCACUUUUUGAAGUUUACAAGUCUAGUGCUCUCCACAAGUCAUUGAAUCCAAUGUAUUUUGAAUUCACAAGCCCUAUCCAAGGCAAGAAUGUUACGUCCAAAUGGAACUACACAGAGAGCUUCCACCUAGACUCUGGUACCUACGUGGUGGUCCCCACAAUUGAAGAAGGAUUGAAUUUCUAUCUUCAAAUAUUCCUGAAACAUCAGGAUGUCAAUAGGUGAAGUUAUUGUGAUCUAUCAUGGGCCCAUGAGGGAAUGGAUUUAAAUGAGAAUCUUCCACAAGUCCAGAAUCAUGAAAGCAUUUUCAUCAGAUAUGCCCAACAGGGCCCAGAUAUUGAUGCCUCUCAGCUACAAAGCCUUCUCAACAAAGAAUUCCUUAAAAGUAACUCUUCUGAACCCCGAGAGAGAACAUUCACCUUUGAUGAGUGCCGGAGUAUUUUGGCUCUGAUGGAUGUCAAGGUCAAUGGACGUCUGGAAUUAAAAGAAUUUGAGCAGCUGUGGAAGAAGCUUAUUCGGUAUCAGGACAUUUUCCGGAGAGUAGAGAAGAAUGGCCCUGGAUUCCUCAUGAGUUGUGAUCUGUGGAAAGUGAUACGAGAAUCAGAAUUAUUUCUAGGUCCUUCCAUUAAUAGUGAGCUGCUAGAUCUUAUGGCCAUCAGGUAUGGAGAUGGAGAUGGAAAAAUAUAUUUUGCUGACGUGAUCUGUUUCCUCAUCAGACUUGAAAUCAUGUCAAGGGCUUUUCGUAACCUCUCAAAGGAUGGGAAAGGACUCUACUUGACUGAAACUGAGUGGAUCAAGUUCACUAUGUAUUGCUGAGGUGUUGAUCAAGCCUUACAGAGAAGGGCUCCUGAUAAUCUGAGUGGGGACUAUCUCUCCUGGCCCAGUAUUUCAAGAAGGCUUCAACCAUGCUUCAUUUUACUCCCUUCUCUUCAGUGAAAUUCUCAACAGUAUCACCAACCCUUUCUAACCCCUCACCUUCAGUCUGGAAUCAUCACCAAUGCCUUUAUUCCUAGAAAAUUGUGUCAAACCAUUCCACUAUCCCCCAUUUGACAUCCCAGUAAAUAUUCUGACCAAAGUGACUCUCCUUAGUCAAAACAGCCCAACACGCAUUGUCUUCCUAUUAGAAUAAAAGCUUAAAAGAAAAAGCUGUCUUUUCUUAUCUAUUUGUACUCCUAGUACCUGGAAUACCAUAUUGCUUAAUAAAUGCUAUUGCACUGC